GGAGGGCCAGCCCGGCCGCCCUGCCUCUCCCCCCGCCUCCUUCCUCCUUCCCCGAGGGAGGGAUCCGGUGUCACCCCUUCCACCGGCAGUGCAGCUGGUCCCCCGAGGCCGAGGCAAGGGACCAGAGGGGCUCCGGUUUCGCACCGGGCGUAUUAAUAGCAAGCAAGAAAGCAGCAGCCCAUUCCGCGCUAAAAGCCCGGCCCGGCCCUGGGAAGGGAAGCAAUGGCAGAUUCCGAGCCCUUUCUAGAACUGGACAUUGUAGAAAACUCCUCAGCACUGGCUGCUGGGGAUGCAAUCAUACCUUUAGAGCUUGAUGGGGCUAUUGUUCCUGAGACUCUGCACAUAGAUCCCAUUGACGUAUCAAUCUCACAAGAUACGGGGAUCAUCGGUAGCCCAGAAGAGCUGCAGGCAGCCACAGCAGGGCAGGAGCUGUAUGUUGCACAGCCACAAGCUAUGAGCAUCGAGGAACUUGGUGAACGUUUUCAGGAGUGCAUUGAAGCUGUUGAAGAGCUGGAGAGGGAGAGGGACCAUCUUAUCCAGGAACUUGUACUACUGCGGGAACCGGCCCUGGAGGAAAUCAAGCAAGCCCACGAAGAAAUCCUCGAAGCAUACAGGUUGCAUGCCAAGGUAGAGCUCGAAAGGGACAGCCUGAGGGAUGAGAUUCGGCAAGUAAAACGGAAGUUGUUCAGGGUGACGCGGGAAUGUGUGGCAUGCCAGUAUCAGCUGGAAACCAGGAGACAUGAUGUGGCCCAGUUUGCUGUCUACCGAAAAGAACUGGAAAACAGGGUCAGCCAGCUCUCGGAGGAACUGUCCCAGCUGAGAGAGACUUGUGAGAAAGAGAAGGAACAGUUCAGCCAGCAACUGAAGGUCCCCAGGCGCCGAAGGGACAGCUGCUAUCUCCGGGAGAGCAGGCGGCUUUCCAUGGAGUUUGAGAGCUUUGUGUCAGAGAGUCGCCAGAGCCUAGAAGAACAGUAUGAGCCCAAGCUGAUGCGUCUCUUGGAACGCAGAGAAGCCAGCAGUAAGGCUUUGCAAAAGACACAGGGUGAGAUCCACAGACUGAAAGAAAGUCUGCGACCACUGCAGGGAGAAGUCAGCAAGCUACGGCUGCAGAACAGAAACCUGGAGGAACAGAUUCUGCUAAUUAAGCAAAAACGUGAUGAAGAAGUCCUUCAGUACAGGGAGCAGGUGGAAGAGAUGGAAGAAAGGCUGAGAGAGUUGAAGAAUGGAGCCCAACUUCAGGAGCGCAAGAAUAAAGAAUUGGAGGAGCUGAAGGCCAGCUUACAUCAGGAGCUAUCUAUUUACAAAGACUGCUUAGAAAUAUAUGGACAGCUCUUCAAGUCAGAAGCAAACCAGGACAAAGACUGAAAUUUGAAACCAUGGACUUUUUUAUAAACAUACUUAAAAAUGCUGUCUCAUUAGUGAGAAUGACAGAAGCAGACCUGAAUUCUAAUACCAACAACAGACAAGACUUCUAAAUGAUGGUUUGCAUCCUCGACUAUCAUGAAAGGAGUUUUGAAUGAACUUCUGGUUUUGUACUUGCACUGGACUGAUUGCCUAUUGAUAUGCAUUACACACAUUUUGAAGCUGAAAUUGAUACAAAAUCAAUGUUCCAGUAAGUAUACAAACUGAUACUGGUGUUCUGUAUAAAAAGCUAUUUGAGAAUGAGUAAUUUAGCUCUUCAAGGCAUCUGCCUAUAACGUUGACAUGUUAUUGAAAGGAAGUAGAAGUAAAACCUUAAUUUUUUUUUAAAUACAAAAGAACAAGUUCAGCGUGAC